CAAUGUUACGAUCCCUGUCGGUACCUAUCAAAAAAAUCGGGUGGACUGUUCUCAAUUUUAAUGGCGCUAAGCUCUACUUUUAUGAUACGCAGAUGUACAGAUCCUUAUGGCUUUUUCACUGUCGUUGACCAGUGUACUCAACCAACUGCUAAGCUCUUUGCUUUGCUACCCACGUGAAGGUAGAAUCUGGUAGAAUAGGUAAAACUUGUAGUCUAGAAUCUAGAUCGGUACGAUUUGCCAACACUCCAGUUGACGAUCGAGUUGUGUCGAAGAUUGGCGUGCGCGGGCAGUGAUUUGGUGAAAGUAAAACUAAUUCAAACAAUUUUGUGCGCCUCGAGAAGACCGUUUGAUUUGGCAGCAUGGAUAAGGUGGAUGCAAUAGGUGAAUCUAGAGUGGCAAAGCUUAUCAACUACUUUCAACAGAUGCCUUUUACAAAAGAUGAAUUCGCAAAGCCUUACGACAAACGGGAAGCUGACGCAGAGCCAAAGAGCGACUAUCCACUGGCGGAAGACACUGUUGAAACCGAAAGCCACGUGUCACCGGUAGAAGAUGAUGAAUGCCAAGAGCCACAAUCCAAAAUACAGAAAACUAAUGGUCAGCCAAAUCAAACAGAAUCUAACCAGGAUGAAGAUGAGGAUCUGGCACGAACCGGAGAUACACGGAAAACCAGUAACUCUCCAACGUUAGAGUUAGACCAGCAAUGGACAAUCAAGCACAAGCAGACGGUUGUUCGCAGACCGCGCUAUUUAAGCAGAAUCAAUCCGUCAAAAGACUGCCCUAUAUGCCUGGAGGAGCUGAGAAACAACUAUCAGCUGCGAAGGCAUUUACGGACGGAUCAUGGCAGAGAUUUCAGUCUGGUACCAGUACUAGACUACGACCAACGUAAUCAUCCCAUUGAUCGUCCGGUGUUCAAAGUGAACGUGCAACAACUCCCGUCGACGGCUAUCACGUUCUUGAUCAACAUCGAAAAUAAGUCCUCUGUAACGAUGGCCCUGAACUCCGCCUACAUCUUCGAUGGAAACUACCAACUUUUUCCUAUUUUUACUGGAAACCAAGAUGAACAACUACGAAUGGUUCCCGGUUACGAGUUUGAAGAAGAAGUCACGUUCGAUGAUCUGAUGUUAGCUAAAGGCCGCAUCUAUUCACUUAUUAUCUCCGCCACUCCGAUCAUUCCGGAUGAAGAUUUUGAUUGGUUUAUAGUUGAACAGUAUCAUUUUAAGGAAAAAGACGACGAAGACGAGAAAAUUAAACCGAAGAAGACUCAGCUCAAACUGGAAAAAUUGUAUCCAUACGAACUCUCACGAUCGGUUCAGGCGCUCUAUAGAACCAACUUUAAGGAAAAUAGAAAAUACACAGAGCAAGAUAGGGACCUUUUGCGGCUUAUUGAACGAUCCAAACAGGACAAAUUGCUUACACCGGAUAGUUACAGGGAGCAACUGGAGUUGCUAAACCAGUUCGAGGUUAAACAUUUGCUUGAGCAGUUUGGCGACUACACCCUUACGAAACCGAGCAUCAAGCGAAGGGAUGGAUCACGAUGUUACUACAUUUCGACUAAACAGUUCAAGAAGAAACCGUCGCUCCUGUGUGAAGACGGGAAUGUGCUCUUCAUUGCACAAGAAGGGUAUCUCACGUCGAAGGUGUUCGGAACGAUUGAGGAAAUUACCCCUAAAAGUGUUACAUGUCACAUGCAAGGGCUGGUCAACAUGAGGUGCGUGACGAAGGUGAUAUUCUUGCUGAAUAAGACGACUUUCCAGCUGGAGAGAAAUGCUGUGGCGCUGAUGAGUACCCCUCUCAUUGAGAGCAUUUGUUUCCCGGAGGUCAUCACCGGCGGACCACUGGAACCCAUCAGCAGCUUCCAGUGGAUUCGACAGAGCGUAGCGUCCAACGAGGAACAGAUGGUGGCCAUCCGUAAUAUCGUCAAUCAAACGGCAUUUCCGGCGCCGUACAUUCUGUUCGGACCCCCGGGCACCGGAAAAACGUCCACCCUGGUGGAGGCCAUCGCACAAAUAUACCACCGGCGUCCAAAUGUUAACAUUCUGGUCACAGCUACGUCCAAUUUUGCCGCCAACGAGUUAACCAGUCGUUUGCUGGAGGUCAUUCCGGAUGAGCAAAUUUUUCGAUUUUUCUCCUAUGCGUUUUUCAAGAAAGCGCACUACAUCGAUUGGAAUGUGCUGGACGUUUCCAAUCUAGCAGGACAAUCGUACAGUAGCCUUUGCUACGAGGACAUCUACACGUGCCGGGUGGUCGUAGCCACCCUGACCACAGCUGGCAGAUUGAUUCAGGCCAACAUCAAAUCGAAACACUUCAGUUACGUGUUCAUCGACGAAUGCGGAAGUGCUAAGGAGAUAUCGUCACUGAUUCCGAUAGCGGGUCUUGCCACACAUGGAGAUGAAAUCAAUGCCAGUGUGGUAUUGGCGGGAGAUCCCAAGCAACUGGGACCUGUUUUCGAGUACGAAUUUCUCAAGCAGACCACCCACAGUGUGUCAAUGCUGGAGCGACUGAUGAACCUUCCAUUGUAUGCAAAAGACCACGUGACGAACGAAUACAAUCCCAACGUCCUAACGUUACUCCGUGACAACUUCCGGUCACACGAUACGUUAAUCAACUUCAGUAACGACGUGUUCUACGAAGGAAAACUUAGGGCCAAGGCUUCACCCGACAAGAAAAAUUUGGCCGUUGAUUGGUGGCGUUUACCUAAUCGCCAAGUGCCACUGAUUUUCCAUCCAACCUCAGGCACAAUGCAAGAGGACAAAAUGUCGUACAGUUUGUUCAAUGAAAGUGAAGCGCUUCAGGUCGUGCGGUACGUUUCAGACCUGCUCAAAAAUGGACUUAAUGAAAAUCCGGUGAAGCAAAGCGAUAUCGGUAUUUUGACGUUCUACGCUCGACAAGUGAGCUUCAUUAAACAUAUGUGCUUACAGAGAAAGUGGUAUGAUGUUGAAAUCGGCUCGGCUGAACAGUACCAGGGACGUGAAAAGGCCAUCAUCGUGAUAUCCACCGUGCGAUCCAUAUACAAUCGGGUGGGUUUUCUGAGCAAUCCCAAGCGUCUGAACGUGGCCCUGACCAGAGCAUGCUCGUUGUUGAUCGUAAUUGGCUGUGAAUAUACCCUAGAGAAGGAUCCACUGUGGGAAACGUUCAUCCGGUACUGCAGAAGGAAUUGUGCCGUUGCGUAUUCUUUUCCCACCCCAGAACCAAAGAAUGGCGAAGAUAUUGACGAAGACUGUGGGUCGUCCAGCGAUUAAAAAAAAUCAUCGACGGUGACUUGACUUUGACUGAUGCUGAUGUAAUCCAAAUGAAAACCUUUAUUUUUCAA